AUGAAGUUGUCCUCAACCCUUCUUGUCUUUGCAGCGUCGCUGGUCUCAGCGUCACCAACUCCCACCCGCGAGGAGGAUGCCACAAAUGUGCUGGCUAAGAGAGCAGCCAUCACUGAUGCUGCUAACAUUGGCUAUGCCACGCAAAACGGCGGCACCAAGGGUGGAGCCGGCGGAGCAACGACUACCGUAAGCACCCUGCCGCAGCUCUCUGCCGCAGCCAGUGCCGAGGGACCGCUGGUGGUGGUGGUACAAGGGGCCAUCAGUGGUGCUGCCAAGGUGCAAGUCACCAGUGACAAGACCAUCGUCGGCAAGGCUGGUAGCUCCCUCACGGGAAUUGGUCUUACCAUUAAUGGCCAAAAGAACGUUAUCGUUAGGAACAUGAAGAUCUCAAAGGUCCUGGCAGACUACGGCGACGGAGUCACCAUCCAGUUGUCAACCAACGUCUGGGUCGACCACUGCGACUUUUCUGGGGACGAGACGGUCGGAAAAGACACAUACGACGGCCUGGUGGACCUCUCGCACGCAGCAGACUUCGUGACCCUUUCCAACAACUACUUCCACAACCACUCCAAGGGCACACUAGUAGGCCACUCCGACUCCAACGCUGCCGAGGACACGGGCCACCUCCGCGUUACCUACGCCAACAACCACUUCUACAAGGUCAACUCCCGCGGCCCCCUCCUUCGCUUCGGCACGGCUCACAUCUUCAACAACUACUACAACGAGCAGAGCACGGGCGUCAACACGCGAAUGGGCGCCCAGGCGCUGGUGCAGAGCUGCGUGUUUGAGAAUAGCGGGAAGAAGAUGGUGUACACUGAGAGCAGCAAGGAGGACGGGUAUGCCGUAGUCAUCGACGUCCUCUUCGGCGGCCAGAGUGCCAACACUGCGCCGCAGGGGACGCUGAGCGCGAGCUCGCCCCCGUACAGUUACUCCCUCCUCGGCAGCGCCAAUGUCAAGGCUGCAGUGACCAAGGAGGCCGGCCAGACACUGGGCUUCUAG